GGGCUACCCUGGAUGAACAACAUGGACAUCUCGGCUCUCCCCAAUAACAACCACCCAGGGAAGUUCUUGCAGCUGGACGUGGGGAUGUUGCCCGUGACUCAUGGAAUGUUCCAGAUCAACGCGGUGCUGACCGGUCAGCAGUGGCAAAACAGAGUCUACUCAGAGAUGGAAAGAAGAAAUCUGAGUGUGCAGAGGUCAUCACCGGAGGGCAGUCCUGUGUUGAUGGACUCGGUCCUCCGCAAGCACGUCACGGCAAUCACCAUGACGCCAAAGAUCAAGACAAACCCCCUAUACUCAGACAUGAUCAUCGGCAUUGAAGACAACCCAAAGUCGAAGCCCUCCUGGACCAUUCAGGAGUACGACAGGCAAACCAUACAUGGAAAUUUAGGAGACUAUUCAAAGGAGGACCCGGGAGAGCUCAAUUUUUGGCUAGAAGAGCUUUACACCCCGGGGUAUGACUCCCUUUUGAGGAAGAAACAGGCUGAACUCACAAGGAAAAAGAUCUGCAAAGUAUUAACCUCUGUUUUUGUGUCUGUGUGUGUCAUAAUUGUCGUCAUCACAGUGCCAAUUGUCGUGUCACGAAAUAAAGAUUGA